AUCUGGACUCUGAACCUCACUCUUGUUCGAAGCUUGGCUCUAGCCGUUGCUCCGAGGCUGAACCCAGUCUUGCUAUUGAGUCGCCGUUCGCGUUGCUUGACGCUUGAGUCGCUGAAUUCGCGUUCGCCCAUCGUUCUCUCAGUCGCUGAACUCAGCCGCUCACCUCUCUGCACAUCGCCUCUGCUUCGUGUGCUUCUCGCCGUCUGUCACGUUGCUUCAGCUCCAGUUGCGCUUGGUUGAGGGUUAAAUUUGCUCCUAAGAUGGUUGAGGUUCUCUUUGAUGACAUAUUUAGGGUGGAUCAAUUGAAUCCCCCAGAGGGCAAAAAAGCAUUUGAUAAAGUUACACGUGUUGAAGCAAAAAGUGAAAGGUUUGACAUGUUUAUGCAUCUAGACAUCAAUUCCGAAAUAUAUCCUUUACAAGUUGGUCAAAAAUUUGCCCUCUUACUGGUCCCAACACUUAACCCAGAUGGAACGCCAGACACUGGCUACUAUGUGCAGGGCAAAGGACAAUCACUGGCUGACAAUUUUGAAUAUGUUAUGUAUGGCAAGCUUUAUAGAAUUUCAGAAGAAUCAGGACAGGACAAAGCGGAGAUAUACAUAUCUUUUGGUGGGCUUCUAAUGAUGCUGGUGGGUGACCCUUCUCAUUGCAACAAGUUUGAGCUUGACCAGAGACUGUAUCUUCUAAUUAGGAAAGUGUGAAAAUGUUAUGAUGUCCAGAGAGGAGGGCUUGAAGCUCUCAUUACAGCAAUUUGGUAGGUUGACUUCUUAACUUGAAGAAACUUGUGGACAUUGUAAUCUUGAUGGAUUUGAAUUAUCUAUUGUCAUUGAAUAAAGUGGGACCCAAAUUCUGGAAUCUUGGGAUUGGGAAUAUGUGCUUGUAAAUGAUACAAACUAAUUAUUUGGCUGGAAACUUAUUUUGUGGAAAGGUCCCAUUUGACUGA